AUAUACUUGUGUUCCUCGCCCUGGUGAAAUGGUCUGGUGUUCAGGCACUAACAUGAAAACCGACAGAGAUAAAAAACCAAGGUACGUCUACAAGCCUCUCAGAAACGACCAUAAAGACCAGGUUUUGAGAGAGAAACGAGAAGCAGAUGCCUCCAGUCCUCAGCAUGAAGCCGUGGCCAGUGAGCUGCAAGACUUAUCUCUGCAUCCCACCUCCAGCUUGCCGCCAAUUAGAGAGAGGAGCGGCGUUCUCCAGCUGAAGCUGCAACAGAGAAGGACCAGAGAAGAGCUGAUCAACCAGGGAAUCAUGCCACAUACGUCAGCGGAGCCAUCACUGCAGGCCAAGCAGCUGCAGCUAAAGAAAGCUCGCCUCGCUGAUGACUUGAACGUUAAGAUCUCCCACCGACCCGGGCCCAUGGAGCUGGUCCACAAAAACAUCCUGCCUGUUCACUCCAGCAUUAAACAGGCCAUCGAGACCCAGUUUCCAAAGGCUCCAGGUGAAAACUCAUCAUGUGACGAGGACAGCAAUGACAGCCUGUCUCCAGAACAGCCAGUAGGACAGGACUCGCCUCUGGGUGUGGGACCUCUGCCCUCUCUACCAGAGACGCUGGCUGAGCGCAGCAUCCCCUCUCCCUCACAGGUCCCUCCUUCAGCUCCUCUGCUGCCUUCGCUUUCUGGAUCCUCCCCGCCAUGGAAGCAGACGAAUGGAGCAGUGACACCGUCCGCCCAGAAUAUCCACGUCACCUCUCAGAUCACCUCGCUGCCUAAAUCAAGUUCUCAUUGCUCUGGACAAAAACACAAGAAAUCCAAGGACAACAAACCAAAGAUCAAGAAGUUAAAGUACCAUCAGUACAUCCCGCCAGACCAGAAGGGAGAUAAAGAGCCUCUUCCCCAUCUGGACUCAUCUUAUGCCAAAAUUCUGCAGCAGCAGCAGCUUUUCCUGCAGCUCCAGAUCCUCAGUCAGCAGCAGCAGCAGCAGCAGCAGCAGCAGCAGUAUAACUACCACACCAUCCUGCCUGCACCACCCAAUCUUCAGGAGAAUCAGCAGCCGACUUCCUCUUCAAAUUCCAGGACCACCUCCUCCCCGCCUCAGCCCCUCGCCGCCCCCUCUGUCGGUCACAGUAGUCAAAGUCUGCCUUCUUUAGAUGGAACCAAACCAGUGUCUCUACCUCUGAACCUGGAUGAGAUGAAGGUGGUUGAACUGAAGUCGCAGCUGAAGCUCCGCAGUUUGCCAGUGUCUGGCACCAAACCUGACCUCAUUGAGCGGCUGAGGACUUACCAGGAACUGAAUGGAGGCAGUGACAGUUUCUCCUCUCCAACAGCAGGGGGUACCACAGGGUCAGGGUCUGAAGGAGCAGGAAGGUCCUCACAAAAUGCUGCUGCAGGCAACAACAACGACAACAACAAUGUGUCACUACAGCAACCAUUUCAGUGCCUUCAGACAUCCUCUCUGACAGGCCACUCAGCUACUCCUCAGCAGCUGUUGAACUGUAGUGUGAAGGUCUCCCCACCAACCCCACCCCUGACCCUCUCUGACCACCCGUCAGCCACCAGCAGUCCAGAAGACACCAGCUUUAACAGCGAUCCUUUGAGCGAUAUGAUGAGGUCACCUCUGAGCCAGCUGAGUCUUCAGCCGUGCUCACCUGCUCAGCUGCCGGUGAACAUUAAAGACGAGCUCGCGUGCUCCACUCCUGCUCCGUGCCCGUUCUCACUGAAGCCGGCGACUCUGGAGAAACACUGCCUGGCCUCAAACCGCGCCUCCACCACUACGACAACAGCCCCACUACUGACGAUUGACAAAGACAGGAUGCUGCAGGAGAAAGAUAAGCAGAUCCAGGAGUUGACCCGGAUGCUGAGGCAGAGUCAGAGGCUGGUGGAUCUGCUGAGGAUGCAACUGGAGCAACGGAAGAGAGCAACUCGAGUUUCUGAGCCGGUACUUCUUGUAAGAGUAAAACAAGAACCCUCUGAUCAUCCUAGUGUCCCACUCUCCUCUGGUCAUCCUUCACCCCACCCUCAAAAUGUGUCUCUAUCAAGUGACACGAUUUUCACUAAGGUUAAUGUCAAACAUGAGGUCACCGAGGCAGCGAAAACUAUGCAACCACUGGACUCUCAGGAGUUACAACAGACUUACCCUCAAACUCAGGAGACACCGGAGCAGAUUCGACCACACGCCGAACCACAGAAGAAACACGUACGACACAACUGUCUCCAGCAGAAGACGCUGCAGCUGGUCCAGCAGCAGGCCAUACAGAAGCUCCUGCUGCAGCAGCAGCAACAGCAGAACAUGCAGAACACUAACCACGUACUGGAGAAUCAACAGAACCUGCAGAGGCUCUCGCAGCAGCGGAAGAAGAAAUCUCACAAGCAGCAGCUCAAACAGCUGCAGAAGCAUCAACAGUCCAAGCACCUGCAGCAGCAGAUGCAGCUGAAGCAACAGAUCCUGACGACACAGCAAAAAACACUCUUACAGCAGCAGCAGCAGCAGCAGCAGCAGCAGCAGCACGCGUUUCAGCCACCGCAGCAAAUCCAGAUGCAGACCACGAUGCAUUUGAAGCAACAGCAGGUAGUGAUGCAACAGAAACAGAAGCUGGCGCAGCAACAGUCUCCACAGGAUUGUAUCAAAGAGCAGCCGGGCUCAGCCGGCUGUUUCCUGCCUCUUUUUAAGAGCGACUCCACCCAAGCCUUGGUCACAGACAGCAAUGGUAACCACUUCCUGAUUACACUGGGCAAUCCUGUCACUGAGAACCAUAGGAGAGAGCCACCUGAGGGCAAAGCGAACGGUCACGUCACUCUCCAGCGAGCACAGUCCACUCCAGCCAAGCUCUUCGGUCAUAACCCUGCCCAUCGUCUCAGUGCUGAUAUUCAGCAGUCUGAACACAGGAUGCACCUGGAUGUUACGAAACAACAAAACCUGAAGGAUGGAGGUCUUCAGUUAUCUGCAGACCAAACACAGCAGGUCGCUGCUCAGUGUUUGUCUGCACCACCCAGCAUUCAGCCUUUCUUCAAGGACCAAGAAAGUGCUCACAACUCAUCACCCGCCUCUCCAAAUGAGGUCUGCUCGAGUCUGGACGUCUUGUUUAGUCCUGUGUCUCCGGCUGCUUCGUCACCUGAUAACAAAGAUACAGAGCAUGAAGAUGAUUUUAUUGACAUCAUUUUGCAGACGGGAGGAAUUUCAUCCCCCUUCAAACCAAUGACAAACUCACCUUUGGACCAUCUCAGUCAAAACUCCUCCCCUCCGCCCUCCCCGCUCCAGCUGUUGCUUUCUUCCCCCAUCCCACACGGCCGUGACACCCCCCAGCCCACUCCCUUGGCGCAGCCUCAGCUCCAGACUCUGGUUGACACCAUCGAGGAGGAGAGGCAGCACCUCAGUAACGGUGGGAGUGGACGCCUGGAGGACUUCCUUGAGAGCACCACAGGUAAGCCUCUCCUGGGGGUGGAGCCUGGAGGCCUGUUGACUUUGAUCGAUGACCUCCACAGCCAAAUGCUGUGCACCCCCAGCAUUCUGGACAAUCCGCCGUCUCCCAUGGACACCUUUGACAUGGUAGCUGAGGACGAGCACGUCCUGGAUAGUAUGGAUUGGUUGGACCUCACUGUGGGAAGAGAGAGCAGUGAAGAGAGCCCUACACUGGACCCAUUGGGCCCCCAAACGCCACCUAGUGUCUUUUCCACAGACUUUCUGGACAGUUCAGACCUGCAGAUUCACUGGGACUCCUGCCUGUAGCCAAAUGGCGUAUUUCCCCCGGCUCGCCUCGCCUCGGCACGGUUAAGUUGCGUUUCCA